AUGGCUGUCGUGGCGAAAUCUAGUCAUCGCAUUCUUUGCUACAUUUCUCCUGCUUUACGCGAUUCACCUGUUCGUGUGGGACAGUUCAUGGGGAUGCGAUCGCCUACCGCUAGUCUCUGGCAUGAAUGCUCUGGAGCCCUCUCCCACACACUACCCACCUUCGCUUCCCCCUGCCUUGGCUUCUCAUUCUCCGUCCUCUCAGCGGCCAACUGCUGGUGGGCCGAGCCCAAGAGCGUGCAGUCGCACUACAUAUACGGCUACGAGCUCCCCAGACUCUUCAACACACUGUUGUUCCUCAGACCCCCCAUUCCCCCCAACCCCCCCUUGCCUCCCUUCCAUCAUUCCUCAUUUUCCCCUCCUCUCGCAGCGGCCAACUGCUGGUGGGCCGAGCCCAAGAGCGUGCAGUCACACUUCAUCUACGUCUACGAGCUCCCCAGACGGUUCAACGUUGACCUCUCUGACCGCCUCACCUCACACCACCUCUCCGAUUUCCAUCUAGACAACCUCCUAUUCAGGCACCCUACUGUUCAGCGCUCCAACAUACACUGCACAGUGGACCCUGAGGCCGCUUCCCUCUUCUUCCACACCAUCCUGCCCAUGCUGCAUCCCCUUCGUCCUCCUCCCCCCCACACCCCCCUUCUCUCUCUCAGGGCACUGCAGCGCUCCAACCCAACAUACACCGCACAGUGGACCCUGAGGCCGCUUCCCUCUUCUUCCUCCGCGUGCCACCUCCCCAUCCCCCUCAUCAUUCCUACGAUGCAUCCCCCUCGUCCUUCCCUGUUCCCCUCCCACCUUUCCAGGGCACUGCAGCGCUCCAACAUACACCGCACAGUGGACCCCGAGGCCGCUUCCCUCUUCUUCCUCCCCGUGCUGCCCAUGCUGCACCUCGCCCUGCGCCUGCCCUCUCUAGAAGCCCCCUCCCUUGCGCUCGCUGCUGCGGCAGCAGGGAGAGGGGCAGCAGGGAGAGGGGCAGCAGGGGGAGGGAGAGCAGGGGGAGGAGGAGCAGGGGGAGGGGGAGCAGGGGGAGGAGGAGCAGGGGGAGGGGGAGCAGGGGGGAAUGGGCUUGAGCUGUCGUUAGAGCAUUGGGAGGCGCUGGCAGAUACUGGGCGUUAUGUGGGGGAGGCGUUAUUGUAUGUGCAGUCACAAUACCCCUACUGGCGACGCAGUGGGGGCAGCGACCACUUUAUCAUUGCAUCACACCCGUACGGCCGAUGCGGCAUCCUCCCUUUCGUCAACCCCUCUCUCCUCGGCUCUCUAUUCACCCUCCAGCCCUCCUCCUACCCCGACCUGCUCUUCCGCUCAGUCCUCCACCUCACCCCCACUGCCGCCGCCGCCGCCGCUGCCAGAAGGAGAGCAGCGGCCGGCAGCAAACAGACAACUGCUGCCGGUCGGUUGAAAGCUGCUCUGGCAGGGAAGAAGCGGCAGCAGGAGCAGCAGGAGGGGGUGGGGGUAGGAGAUGGGAAGGGGCGUGUGGGGAUAAGGCAGCAGAAAUUGCAGUUGCAGCAGAUGAGCAAGAAGGAGAGGAGAAGGGGGGGGCUGUACAUCUCCUCCCACUCACACUCUCCACCAUUUCCCCCUCUUGCCAUCUCCCCCUUCACCUGCCCGCCAGCACAGGGAAUGCACUGUGCCUCACGUGGUAGUGAUGUGGCCAUUCAUCCCGCCUCUCCUCCCCCUCACACCGCCCAUCCCCACUCUCCCUACCUCCACACCACAUCACCCCCAGUUACCCUCUUCCUGUCUCCUCUUGCUCCCUGCCCGCCAGGACAGGGAAUGCACUGCGCCUCACCUGGUAACAACGUGGUCAUCCCGCCUCUCCUCCCGCUCACGCCGCCCAUCCCUCCCGACGCCCGCAACCGCUCCCUCUUAACCUCUUUCCAAAUCCCUAGCUCUCCCUCUCCCUUUCUCCCUGCCCGCCAGCACAGGAUAUGCACUGUGCCUCACCUGGUAACGACCUGGUCAUCCCGCCUCUCCUCCCGCUCACGCCGCCCUUCGAUCUCCUCUCUCUUCCCCGUCCCAUUCCUCUUCACCUGCCCGCCAGCACAGGAUAUGCAUUGCGCCUCACCUGGUAACGACGUGAUCAUGCCGCCUCUCCUCCCGCUCACACCACCCAUCCCCCCUGAUGCCCGCAACCGCUCCCUCCCCGUGCUUGUUCUUCUCGGCCCUCCUCACCGCUCUCCACCCCUGCCCGCCCCUCCUCACCACUCUCCAUCCCUCUCCGCCCCUCUCGCCUCUCCUCCACCUGCCAAGGAUAUCCCCAACGAGAACCCCACCUCUCUUGCACAUGCCAAGCACACGCCCACAGACCCUAUUGGGAAUGAGGGUCUAACCAGGCGUCUAUUGGGUGAAGGCGUGACUAGGCAAUCAGGUGAUGAUGGCAAUAACGGUGGUGGUGGUGAUUGGGAUCGCCACGGCCUUUGGAAGGAAGGGGAAGCAACUUCUGAGUCGACUAAAAAAUCGACUCAAAAAAGCGGUGAUGAUGGCAAAGGCGGAAGUGGUUAUUGGGACCGCCACGGUCUCUGGAAAGAGGGGGAAGGCGAUGAUGUGGCAUCUGCGGAUGGGGUAGCAGGAGCAGCAGUGGAAGGAGGGGCAGCAGGGGGAGCAGGGGAAACAGGAGAAACACGGGCGGCAGGGGAGGCAGCAGCAGCAGGGGAAUCAGGAAGAGCUGAAGGCUGGAAGGAAGAUGUGCGGAGAAGGGAUGAGGGAAAUGGUUCGAAUGAGGGGAUGGGUGCAGCAGGGGGCGGUUUCGACCGGGAGGCAGUGCGAGGGGCGUUCAUGGAGAUGGUGGAAACGAGCAACCCCAAGGGGUGGGCCUUGCUGCAGGGUUUCGAUGGGGAGGCAGUGACAGUGUCAGGGGCGUUUAUGGAGAUGGUGGGGACGAGCAACCCCAAGGGGUGGGCGCUGCUGCAGCUAACCCCACAUGCAGCAGCAGCAGCGAUGCAGGGAGCAGUGUUCUGUGUGUGCCUGCCUGACGCCUCCCACUGGCACGAGAUGGUGUGCAUGGCUCAAGCCGUGGUCAACGGGUGUAUCCCUGUCACCUUCUUCCACCACUACCGCCACCCCUGGCUGCACUCGCUGCCCUUCAGCCCCACUUGCUGCAUCCCAGUCACCUUCUUCCACCACUACCGCCACCCCUGGCUGCACUCGCUGCCCUUUAGUGCCUUCUCUCUCAACAUUGAUCCCAUGGACGUGCACGAAACAGCCAUGCGCCUCAAUGUGAUGCUGCUGGAUAUGAACACGAGCUGCCCCAUCCUCUCCAUCCCCCCAUCCACACACCCUGCACUGUCUGUUGCCCACCCCCCUUGCAGUGCCUUCUCUCUCAACAUUGAUCCCAUGGACGUGCACGAGACGGCGAUGCGCCCCGAUGUGAUGCUGCUGGAUAUGAGCCUCCUGUGGCGCAUGCAGACGGAGCUGCACUCGGUGCAAUAUGAUGCCUUCUCUCUCAACAUUGAUCCCAUGGACGUGCAUGAAACAGCCAUGCGCCUGGAUGUGAUGCUGCUGGAUAUGAGCCUCCUGUGGCGCAUGCAGACCGAGCUGCACUCAGUGCAGCAGAGAUUGCUCUAUAACGAGUCUGCUCCUAUCAGUGCUGUUGACCAGGUCAGUCACUCCCUUCCCUAG